AUGUAUGCAUUGUCUACUAGUGCUGACCGUGCCUGUUGCCUGUGCGUACCGCCUGACCCUGGUGAGGCUGCUGCCCUAGGUGCUAGUGCGUCUCCUGCUCUAGGUGCUGGUGAGGCUGCUGCUCUCGGUGCUAGUACGUCUACUGCUCUAGGUACUGGUGAGGCCGUGGCAUCAGGUGCUGCUGUGUCUGCUCUCUCUGGUACUGCGCCCACUGCGGUCUCGCACACCUUCACCCUUGACUCAGGAGCUUCCCGCUCCUUCUUUCGCGACUGCACCGCACUUACGCCGCUCCGUCGGCCAGUCCCGGUCUCCCUGGCGGACCCCUCUGGGGGUCCAGUCCUUGCCCACUAUUCCACGGUUCUGCCGUGUCCGGCCGUCCCGUCCGGCUCGCUGUCAGGUCUUUACCUCCCCUCGUUCUCUACGAACUUGGUGAGUGGAGCUGACCUCCAGGAUGGGGGGGUUGACCAGUUCACUCCUGCGAGUCAGCGAGUGACUCACUGUACGUGUGCUAGGACGGGCCGGCACUUGGCCACGUUCACCCGUGCACCUGGCUCGAGUCUGUACACACUGACCACUGAGUCCCCUCAGGUAGCUGCGUCUGCGUUUGCGUCUGCGUCUGGUCAGCUGGCGGCCCCCUGCGAGUGUCGCGCUUUGUCGCACAACACUCUCCUGUGGCACCACCGCCUUGGUCACCCCUCCUUGCCUCGCCUGCGUAGCAUGCACUCUCGCUCCCUGGUCUCUGGUCUUCCCAGGUCCCUGCCUGCCCUCCCUCCCUCGCCUGCGCCGCCCUGCAUUCCUUGCGUCGAGGGGCGGCAGCGCGCCGCUCCUCACUCCUCCUCGUUUCCUCCCACAGAGGCUCCACUGCAGACGCUCCAUCUGGACGUGUGGGGCCCAGCCCGCGUCCAGGGACAGGGCCGCGAGCGGUACUUCCUGCUGGUCGUCGACGACUACACGCGUUACACCACGGUCUUCCCCUUGCAGAGCAAGGGGGACGUCCCUGCUGUUUUGAUCCCCUGGAUCCGCGCUGUUCGUCUCCAGCUCCGCGAGCGGUUCCGGUCGGACUUUCCUGUCCUGCGUCUGCACUCUGACAGAGGUGGUGAGUUCUCCUCCGACCUCUUGGCAGCCUACUGUGCGGAGCACGGCAUCACCCAGUCGUUCACGCUUCCGGCCUCUCCGCAGCAGAAUGGGGUUGCUGAGCGCCGCAUUGGCUUAGUCAUGGAGGUCGCUCGUACCUCCAUGAUCCAUGCGGCUGCCCCCCAUUUUCUGUGGCCGUUUGCGGUCCGGUACGCCGCGCAUCAGCUCAACCUCUGGCCCCGUGUCUCCUUGCCGGAGACCUCGCCCACACUGCUGUGGACGGGGAAGGUUGGCGAUGCGUCGCGUUUCCGGGUCUGGGGUGCUCGUGCCUUUGUCCGCGAUACCACCGCGGACAAGCUCUCCGCCCGCGCUGUUCCCUGUGUCUUCCUUGGCUUUGUCCCUGACGCGCCUGGUUGGCAGUUUUACCACCCCACCUCGCGCCGUGUCUUUGCGUCUCAGGACGUCACGUUCGACGAGUCGGUUCCCUUUUACCGUCUCUUCCCCUACCGCACUGCCUCGCUCCCCCCCCCGCCGCUCUUCCUUGCUCCAGGUGCUCCCCAGGUAGACCCCCUCCCCGCUCCCGGUCCUGCUCCUUCAGGUGUUUCUCAGGUAGACCCUCCUCCCUUGACUGCGCCGGUUGAGGUCACUGGUGACUCAGGUCCUCCUGCGAGUGGUCCUGCUCGGGGUGCUGAGCCUGGGGGUGCGGAGCCUGGGGGUGCUGAGUCUGGGGGUACUGAGCCUGAGGGUGCGGAGCUUGAGGGUGUAGAGCCUGGUGGUGCUGAGCCUGCGUGUGAGGGGUCUGGGGGUGCUGAGCUUGGCGGUACUGACGCUGGAGGUUCUGGAGCUACUGAGGGUGCUGGCGCUGGAGGUUCAGGAGCUGCUGGAGGGCCUAGUCCUGGUGGCGCUGGAGCUGGAGGUCCUGGAGCUGUUGAGGGUGCUCGCGCUGGAGGUUCUGGAGUCGCUGGAGGUACUGGUGCUGAGGGUACUGACACCGGAGGUUCUGGAGCCGUUGGGGGUGCGGGCGCUGAGGGUUCUGAGUCUGCUGUUGCGCGGUCUCCUUGGAGUGGCCGCCUUCGUCCCCGUGUGCCUCUCACCCCACAGCAGCUGCAGGACUGGUACGGUCGCCGUCAGCGUCGCGCUGCUGGAGCUCGGAGUCGUGCUGGUCCUUUGUCUACUGGAGGUGCUGGAGUUGCUGGUUCUGGAGGGGCUCGUGCUGGAGACACUGAGGCUGGAGACCCUGGGACUGGAGGUGCUGGCUCUGGGGGUGCUGCUGCUGGAGACGCUGAGGUUGGAGACCCUGGAGCUGGAGGUGCUGGUUCUGGGGGUGCUACUGCUGGAGACCCUGCGGUUGGAGACCCUGGGACUGGAGGUGCUGGUUCUGGGGGUGCUGCUGCUAGAGACACAGAGGUUGGAGACCCUGGGACUCGAGGUGUCGGCUCUGGGCCUGGAGCUUCUGGAGCUGCUGGAGGUACUGGAGCUGCUGGAGGUACUGGAGCUGCUGGAGGCACUGGAGCUGCUGGAGCUGCUGGUUCUGGUGCAGCUGCGCCGACACGACUGUUCUUCGCUCCGCCGUCUCCGUCGUCUCUGCCGCCGUCUGCCUCUGUUCUUCGUCAGGUUCUUACUCUUCCGUCGUCUACUGGUCUUCCGUUACAGACUGGCUCGCCGCUGCCUGCUCCUUCUCCUUACGCUGAGCUGACUGGUAGUCCUGCUGUGCGUCGUGAGCCUGCGUCGCGUCCUGUCUCGCCUGCUCGUCCUGGUCGUACCGGUCCUCGUGUUCCUCGUUCGCGUCCGCCGGCUGUCCCCAGCGCGCACCUCGUAGUCCGUCGUCCUUCCUCUGUUCCGCAGCCUGUUCCUCUGCCGUCUCCUCCUGCGUCCUCUUUGCCUGACGUUCCGGACCCUGCGUCUGACCGGUUUCGUGCUCAGCACCCUACUGUCACGCGUCUACUAGCCACAGUUGUCACUGACCCGUCGUUUGAGUCUGCUGCUGCGUCUGCUCUUGUCGCUGAGCUUGUUGACUUUGCUGCUGCCUGUCGUCUAGACUUCACUGCCAGUCUUGUUACUGAGUCUGAGUCUGUCUGUCCUCCGUCCGUCGGGGGUGAGUGUGCUCUUAGCACGGACGUCCUUGAGGACAGGCAGGAGGAGUUCCAGUGCCUUGCUGCUGCUUUACCUCAUCUUGUGUCCUCGCUACUUGCCCCUGAGGGAGACCCGGAUGCACCAGACAUCCCGACUCCGCGCUCUUACGCAGAGGCGAUAGAGGGUCCCUACUCCUCUCAGUGGCAGGCAGCCAUGGACGCAGAGAUGGCUUCCUGGAAGUCCACAGGCACCUACGUGGACGAGGUUCCCCCACCUGGGGCGAACAUCGUCAGUGGCAUGUGGAUUUUCAGGGUGAAGCGGCCGCCGGGUUCUCCGCCUGUCUUCAAGGCGCGUUACGUGGCUCGAGGCUUCAGUCAGCGAGAGGGAGUUGACUUCUUCCAGACCUUCUCCCCCACUCCGAAGAUGACCACUCUUCGGGUGCUGCUGCACGUUGCUGCUCACCGUGACUACGAGCUUCACUCUCUUGACUUCAGCACAGCUUUCCUGCAGGGUAGCCUGCACGAGGAGAUCUGGCUGCGCCGCCCCCCGGGCUUCACUGGGUCGUUCCCUCCUGGUACCCAGUGGAGCCUCCGGCGGCCGGUCUACGGUCUCCGCCAGGCGCCACGUGAGUGGCACGACACACUGAGGACUACGCUUGCGGCUCUUGGGUUUGCGCCUUCUACUGCUGACCCGUCGCUGUUUCUGCGCACCGACACUUCCCUGCCGCCGUUCUACAUCCUCGUGUAUGUCGACGACUUGGUUUUUGCCACUGCUGACACUGAGGCUCUCGCCCACGUGAAGUCGGAGCUGCAGAAGAGACACACGUGCACUGACUUGGGUGAGCUGCGCAGCUACCUUGGCUUGCAGAUCACCCGAGACAGAGCACGUCGCACCAUCACCUUGACUCAGUCACACAUGGUGCAGCAGGUCCUUCAGCGCUUCGGCUUCACCUGGUCUUCAGCACAGGCCACUCCUCUGGCUACAGGUCACACGCUCUCAGCUCCACCUUCGGACGAGUCCGUAGAGCCGAGUGGUCCUUACCCAGAGCUAGUCGGCUGCCUCAUGUACCUGAUGACUUGCACUCGACCUGACCUCGCGUACCCUCUUGGUCUUCUAGCUCGCUACGUGGCUCCUGGUCGGCACCGACCUGAGCACAUGGCUGCUGCUAAGAGGGUACUGCGUUACUUGUGCAGCACAUCAGGCAUGGGGCUAGUGCUUGGAGGGACGAGCCCAGUUGUCCUCACUGGGCACUCAGACGCUUCUUGGGUUGACGACCUGGCUACUCAGCGGUCGUCACAGGGUUACACCUUCAGCCUUGGCUCUGGUUCAGUUUCGUGGCGUUCUACACGCUCGACUUCAGUUCUCGGCUCCAGUUGUGAGGCUGAGAUCUACGCCACCGCCAUGGCUGCACAGGAGUUACGCUGGCUCACCUACCUGCUGACUGACUUGGGAGAGCAGCCUCGUUCUCCUCCAGUGCUGUACGUUGACAACAAGGCCGCCAUUGCCUUGUGUGAGGAGCACAGACUGGAGCACAGAACGAAGCACAUUGCUCUGCGGUACUUCCUGGCUCGAGAGUUGCAGCAGCGAGGCCAGCUUCGUCUUCGCCACGUGGCCACUCGGGCCAACACUGCUGACAUAUUCACCAAGGCACUUCCGUCUGGUGAUCAUCAGCGCUUUUGUACUCUGUUAGGCCUUGUGCCUACGUUUCCACACUUGCUGUAG